AUGAACGCCACACUCUGUGUCUGUCCAAAAGGAUCGAAUCGACACCGACACAGAGGUUUUGGAUUCGUCACAUUUCAGAGCGAAGACGUGGUGGAUAAAGUUUGCGAAAUUCACUUCCACGAAAUCAAUAACAAAAUGGUCGAAUGCAAAAAAGCCCAGCCCAAAGAAGUGAUGCUUCCAGCGAACCUGGCGAAAACGCGCACCGCUGGACGUGGGACAUACGAUUUUAUGUGGUCGCUGGGGACUUUACCUGAUGGUUUUCCCGCCGCCGCAUACGCUGCAUACGCAGCCGGCCGUGGCUUCUCCGGCUAUCCGAGCUUCGGACUACCGUACCCCACAGGUGUUAUGGGUCAUGUCUUACCCGAGAACCGAAUCCUGGUCGGUGACUACGGUCUGAUGGGUCCCUCGACGUCGUCCUCCUGAGUUUGCGCUUACGAAUGACCUCCUCACCCGCACGCCGUCGUUCACUGCACAAAACGUCGAUCCGGAAAUUGACUGGCACUAGUUGACAUUGUUUCUAGAUAAAUGAAAUUUUUCGUUUUUCUUUGUUUUUUAAGCUUAAUUUUUUGUACUCUUUAGACUUCCGUCUGUAAGGUAGAUGUCAACUCUGUCUGCUUUGAAAAAAUGUUUUGUCCUGAAUACUGAAAGUGCAAAUAAACAAAAUGAUGCUCACUACGGAACUAGACUCUGGUGUCGGCUUCUUGUUGGAUGACUACCCGGGUGAAAUCUCAGUAGCUAAUUUAGUAGAUUUACUAACUAUCAAUCUUCUAAAUAAUAAGACCACAUCUGGCGUCAAUACUAAUUACUGGGAUUAAGUCCAACGUCGUUGAUAAGUUUAUAGAAAAAAUGCCUUUAUCAGAAGGCUGCCUUCACAUAAAACGAGAACUAAUCUCUGAAUCCAAAAAUAAUUAAAAGUAAGUGCCUUUUAGCGGUGGUUCAGAGCACACGCUGAACCACCGCUAAAUGGCCCAGUUCGAUUUGAUCCAAUGUUCCUACAAAAUCACCAUUAGAACGGCUUUACUGGCUAAGUCACCGGUAAAAGGGAAGCUCCCCUUCACCUCCACCGUUUUCAGAACCAUUAUCAGUAGCAAAAGUUAAUUUACUGUGAACAAGCGAGUGUUUUUUCCUCCCAACAGUAAAUUCGAUUCACAGCGAAAUCCCAUCUAUUAUUUAUCGCUAUUUCAGCAUUAUAUGUGGAAAAGUACUCGGAAUCUGUCCACCCGCGUUCGGUUCCUCUCUCGGUUCCAACAUCCGCGGGGUAUUUGCGCAAUUCGAUACUCUCGCAGCCACGCCAGCCGACCGAACACUGCCUGUCGGCACAAAUGGAUGUUCCCAGGCAGAACACGGCUAAUCCACUCUGUUCCCCCUCCUUUCACCCCAACUCCUGAAUCGAACCCGCAGAUGAAUCACCCGUGCAAACAUAUUCGAUUCGGCCUUCUCUUGCCGCCCACUCACCUUUCAACCUUUCAACAUUUCAACCCUUCAAUGCAAACAAUCGAUAAUGUAAAUUUAGUCAUUACUUUGCACCAGCAAUUACCAAUUGGGAUCGUGGUGUGCUGGUUGCUGGUUCACAUCCCCCCACCGCCCACUCCCAUGUCGAAUUGUAGGUACACUACCCGAUCGAGCGGAGGAAGGUGGUGAUUCUGUGAACCAUGUGUAACGCACUGAAUAGGCGCUCGAAAUGCAUUCGACACUGCAGUUCGACACAGUACAGUGCCAACCACCACACCGUCAUUAUCUAGGACGCAGCUCAGGUGCACGGAACAAACAACGCUGACCUGAUCCGGUCUCGGAGCCCCGCGAAAGGGCCCCCCUUCCGGGGGGGAUGAAUGUAUUUCGGAUGAUGUUUUCGGUUUCGGAUAAAUUAACAUUUUCAUUACAAAUUCUAACAUCGUGAUAGGUUUUUGGGGCAUGACACGUAGUAAAACGACGUUCGUCGUUUCAGGGAGGUCGUGAGUGGGGUUGUCACGCAUCACUGUUCCCGCUUCUUAAUUACUGAAAAGAAAAAGAAACCGAUAAAGUUCUCUUUUAUUUGCCAGCCCAUGGAUACUAGAUCGAUUUUUUAUGUUAAUUUUUCGUCGGCCUCUGUCCGCACUGAGCGCUAAUCACCGACGUCAGAAAGGAGCCUCCACUAUCUGGAACUAGAUAUCGGCCCAUCAUCACAUGAACCGGGACCAACGGUUUUGCUUCCCUUGCGAAGGUAGACGUGAUCACAGAUUUUUCACCUCAGAAAAUCUCGACGACCUCCGCUGGGAUUAAAUCCAGACACACUGGGGUGAGUGAGGGUCACGCUUACCACUCAACCACCGACGUCGUCUACUAGAUCGAUUUGUAUAAAAGGAUUUACGAGUAUGGGCCCUUUGACCACCACUGAAAUAAUGUUUACUUCACGAAAAUUAAAAACAAAAUGAUACCCAAACUGACAGUGCCAUUAUUUCAUAGGCAUUGGAAAGUGAAGCUUUCCAGUCAUCUAGUCUAGUCUAGUCUACACAAACACAGCCAAUACAUGUAGGGAGCCUGGAAAAUUGCACACGUUCGCCUGCAAUUUUUAUUGUCAAUUUUAAUGUUUUUGGUACAUAUAAUAUGUGACACAAUCACUAAAGCGGCUAGGCCAACUGUGCAGCGUACAAAAUGAAGAUGAUUCAAAAUUAUACGGCAAUUGAAUUAUUCAUUUAAUGAAAAAUUUAAUCAACGAACUAUUUUGAACCUUGAAUAAGGAAGAAACGUGGACAACCGUACCGACAGUUUCAAUUUGAUGGGGAUUUGAUAAAUCGUUGGGAGUCCUUUGGUCCUAGGUUCCUGGGAUGUGAUGAGACAGAAGUAGUUAGCCCUGUCCUGGCUAAUGAGCCUAGGUUAUAGCGCCUUUACUCGCUCUAAGAAAAAAGUGAAGCUUUCCUUUCAUGUAAAAAUAUUGUAACGGUAAACUAUUUGUAUAUUCUGACUCCAGUGUACUGAGAAUACUAAGGCCACGAAGUUUAUUACUAAGUUGGCAUUGCUUGCAUUUGUUUGACUGAGCCGUGGGUCUUUUGAGAAGUAUCUAGUCAAACAAGAAUAUAUUUAAAUUGAUUAAAUUUUCUAUUACAAUAUCAAAUUUCUUUUUCUCGUUGAAGUUUAAUUAAUGUGCAAUACGGAACAAAGCCAUCUCGUUUACGUUGUUUCCCGCAAAAGGCUACACGUAGACAAAAAUAUUUGCAUGUUUUAUAAAAUUAUGGAUUGAAUUAAAUAAACAUGAACGAAAGACAACAAAAUUAUAGUUUGAGUUUUUUAUUUAUUGAAUUUUUUUGUUUUUGUUGUUUCAAUAAAAAUAUUAUUGUUUUCUUCAGGGAUGUAAUGUACCUCAGAGCAACUAAAGAGCAGAAUAAAAACGCUCUCUGCACUAUUCAUGCGAGACACCGCUCGUCUCUUUCACAAUAAACCUCUCCACUCCGAUGUAUGUUGCUCCCAUAUGUGCUCCCAUAUGUCCAUGGCUGCACACCUCAAAGAGUAGAAAUAAAGAGGGUCUUUAGCGUGAAUCUUGGUUCCACGCGCACGGAAGCAGAGAAGGCAACCAAAAAACAUUUUAAAAAUGUACUUGCGAUCAAUUUUUAUCUGAAUUGUAGUUUGAUUCGCCUUCCUACCUGCUUGCCAGAGAGGUGAGGCACAAAAAAGUGGCUCUUCAAGGUGACUCUUUGCACGAAAUUGUGCAGCUCUUGGUGCACAGAUCUUUCUCUUUUUCGUUUUCAAGUUUCUCUUUGUGCGGUCAUUCUGCACAUCGCAGUGCUCUAUUUUUCAUCGGUGUAUUCCGCUCUUUAUGCAGAUUGUGAUUGAUUAGCACACUUGCUUCUCUUUUUCAAUCUAUUUUUGAAAUUAAAAUGAUGGCCCAAUAUUUUCUGAUUGAGUGAAGCUUUGGCGUAUUGAGAGGACUUGACGUUGGACACCGCCUAAACAUUAUUGGAAGGGCACAACUACAUGGCUUUUUUCAAUAAUUUAAGGAUGCCGAAUCUGGUUAAAAUUGCUCGGAAAAAUCGUAUUGCUUCAGGAAAGGCAGUAGACUUUCUUGCUCUCGUCACUCGUAAAUUUAUUAAGUUACGGUCCUGGUUUCAAUGCAAUUGUUACUUUUUAAGCCGCAGUUACACAAAGUUUGCCAAACCAGAUGUUUAUUCGCGAACCUCGACAAUUUAUUUUGCGUGAAAAUGUCUUCCCUUCUGAUUGCCAUAUAAAACCGAAAGCUUUUCCAUGUUGCCUUGACGUAAGUUUUGCCGUCCAUUACCACACAAUCGAGCUUCGGCAGCAUCGUCUCGUGUACAGCUUGCGGUAUCGAGCUAAGAACUUUUUUUUAUUUAUCCUCUCGAUUUAGAUCUUCCAAUAAGUCUGCUAAUAAGUUUAAUUCGUUUUCAGAUCAAUGCACUGUAGACGACACAUUCGUCUUGUUUGAGAUAAGAACUUUUUUCAGUGGUUACAAGCCGUUUUACACAAAAAAUUAUAACCUUCUUUUCAUAAUACGUUUACAAACAGAGAUUAACAAAACUACAUUAAUAGAAUAUAUUGGCUACAAAAUUCUCACAAAUCAUACCUUGAAUACUUAUACACAGAAAAUCAAAAAAUUCAUAAGAACUAUUACGUACAUUACAGAUCGCCCCUUAUGCCUUCGUUCUGGACAUACUCGGUUUUGCAGAAAGUCAAGUCUCAGAAAAAUCCAUAAUGUUUGACCUGCUUUCUAUUUGACUUUGUUCUUCAUAAUUAGGCUUUCUGUCUUCUUAACUUCUAAACGACAUCAGUACGCAAUUGCGCAUGUGAUGUAUCUGUAUAUAGAACAAUCCUACGGAGUUGUCCAAGUAACCACGAAGCUGUAAAAAUAUGACUGCUGCAGAAAAUCCACGUUUGGCGAUAUAUUCGGCUGAUAUACAGCCGUCUCCGACUUUCAUAUCGCACCUAUGGAGAUGUGCCAAAACAAUAUUUGUAGUGGGUAGAGCCCACUGUUUGAAACAAAACAAAAAAAACAGAAACGGGGAGCAUAAAGUUUUUCCCUUUUUUUAUUUUUUCGUGACCUAUCUGUCACAUGUGUUGUUAGAUUUUUUUCCAAUACGGCGCUCGAUCCAUGCUCGAGGAUCUGCCUGUAGAAUUUUUGCAGGCUAAAUUUUUCCAGUACUCUUGCCGUUUGGUCCAUUUGGACGUUGUGAAAUAUGAACGAUAUUUAACGUUCUUAAAUUGAACGAUUUGAAAUUAAUUACGCUGAUGAAUAGACGCAUGGUUCUGAGAGAAUUUUUUUUCUUAAACAGCCUGCAAAUGAAUGUGAUCCUUGAAAAGUCUUUAUAAUAAUUCACAGAAUCAGCGUAAAACAAUUUUUUUUUAAUAUGAGCGCUAUAGGAUUAUAUGCAAAAAUGCUUUUACUUAAAUUUGAUUUAUUUGAGAAGACAAAACGGCGUUCUCCAAUUUUUUAAUAUAUUGUAGGCAAAUGUACAGCCUUUCAAAUGCAAUCAAAAUUAUCAAUUUUCGUUUGCCCCCUUUUGAGAUACCGACAUUUGAAAAGGGAGUAUUUUUAAGUGAAAAUUAAGUAUAACUUUUGAACCAGACAAGAUAAAAAUUUUCUUUCUUCAGAAAAAGUUGCCUCUAAUCAUGCUCUAAAAGUACACUGAAGGGUACUUUUGUGAGAAAAAUCAUAUUAAAAAACUGUACGGAGAAAACUGCUUUUUUGAGAGACACCCUAAGUUAUGAUAUGGAACUCACUAUAAAAUGAAAACGGUUUGAGAUGCAAAGUUAGUAUCUUCAACAAAGUUGCUCAUAAUUGAUUGUUCCUGAAUAUUUCAGAAGAAAGUAUUAUUCUCUCUGAACUAUAAUUUGAAAUAAAGUCUACAACUUUGACAUUUUAAGGGCCACCCUAAAACCGUUUCAGCCAAAAGAUGCAAUUUGUCACGCACAAUAAAUGUUUCUAAGACACCAAAUCUCUAAACCUAAAGAUGAAUGCGUUAACAAUUGUUUCCCGCUAAUUUCGCUUCCUGGACCACUGUGGACUGGUGUAUUUUUUACUUAGGACCUUGCUCUCCAAAAUGGCUUGGAGAUCCAUUAGAUUGGCAUCUGGUAAAUUCGUGAACGAAAUGUAGUUCGGAACAUUGGUUUUCAGUCAUUUCUGGUUCACUCGUGAUUUGUGAGAUGGUGCCGAGUCUUAUUGAAACGUCCAUGGUUUGCCACUGAAAUGCUUCUCUGACCAGGACUUCGAAACAGCCUCCAGAACACUUUCCCGCUAAUGCGUCGUAUUUAUUUUGACGCCAGACUCGAUGAAAACGAUUGGAGAGCGCCCAUCUGCGGUUUCAGCGGCCCAAACUAGGUUUCGUAGUACCGAUGUUUUUUGUCGUGAACUGGUUCUACGGUACUGGAGCUCUCCGUACCGAUAGUACUGGUAAAAUACCGACACUGGAAUAUUUUUGUUAAAAAAGACUACACAACAUCAAAGCGAAAUAUAUUGUUAAUGAAUAUACUUUUAUUGGUAAGCUCAUAUGCUUCAGUCUACCUUCUAAUCGCAUCCAGAGCAGAAGCAAAAAAUGCUCUGUUAGAGUUAUCAAUAAACCAAGCAAUCACUUUCUACUGCUUUGUUGCUUAUACACUACACAAACAGUACAAUGGUAGUGUCUCCGGCUGAGCAGUGAAAUCAGAAAAUUAUAAAAGUGACACGUGCCUCUACUACGAGAAUUACAAUUGCGACUGACUUUAAACACUCUCGUAUUAAACCAAAUAGGCGCUUGGUGGAACAGUUCCUAAAAGUGAAAACGGCGAUAAUCCUCGCGGAAGUGGCUACUUCGUAGGGGAAAUAUGGUAGUGAUAACGUUAGGAAGUUUAACCGAGGCUGAAAACAUCAUUGUGAAAAACUUCAUGCAACACAGUUUCGAAUAAAACUCCAUUUGAUACAAUCCAUUACUCGAAGAAACUUUUUGCUAUGUAGUUCAUUUUGUGAGAAUUCAGAUGACGAAACAUUUUGCUUCUUACCUAGCUUUGGAUUCAAAUCGCAUAUAAUCGAACAGCACUGAACACAAACUCCGGUCAAAUCCCUGCGUGUCCUAUUCAGAUCGGGAUUAGGUACUAGGAACUAGUGGAACAUCGCUCUUCAUUCACUGUUGCUAUCAAAUGAAUCGCAGUUCAUAUUCAAUAUCUUUUGUUUGAUCCUCUCUCAAAUGAAUAGAUACCACUUUCAAUUUACCCAGUGAACACCAGUCAAAUAAGUUCUCGUUCAAAGUUCAAAGUGAUAGGUAACGGAAAGAGAUGAUUAAAGUGGUUUUAAAACCAAAGAUAAGGGCAACAUGUACACUAUUUGAAAGGGGCUGGUCAGUAGGCGGCCUAAAUUGAUGAUUGAGGCCAUUUUUCCAAGAUGGUGGAUUCCGGUUACCAUCAAACAGUGAAAAAAGCUAAAAAUAUGGGUUUAAUUUGAAAGGGGGUGGUCAGCAGUUGCCGGAAAACGAUGAUUGAGGCCAUUUUGAGAUCCAAGAUGGCUGCUGACGGUUACCACUAAACAAUGACAACGCCAGCAAAUUGGGUGUCAUUUAAAAGUUGGUGGUCAGAAGAUGACGGGAAUUGAUGACUGAAGUAAUUUUGAAAUCCACGAUGGCGGCUUCCGGUUACCAUAAAACAGUGAAAACAACUGUCAUAUCACUUAUACGGGAGUAGUUAGCAAAUGCCGGAAUUUGAUGAUUGCGGUCGUUUUGAAAUCUAAUUUGGCAUUUUUUAGUCCAGUCCAGUGGUUACCAGAAAUCAUUAAACCAACCAUCACUAUGGGUUCAUCUGAAAGGUGGUAGUACGGAUAAGACCGAAAUUUCAGAUUGAAGCAGUUUUUGAAACCUAUGAUGACAAGUUCCGCAUAUAAUAACUUUCGAAAGCGGUGGGGCUCGUUUAAAAGCAAAAAGGCUUAAAUCGUUGUUCAAAGUCAAUUUGAAUGACAAUACGUCGACUAUCGUCCGAAUUUAACGUAACCGCUCUUAUUAUGUUAAAAUCAGUAAAUACAUAGGUAUUUUAAUAACAUUUGCUUCAUCCAGCAGUGUUAAUUAUAAGUAUAAUAAACGCUUGCUUGCGGUUCCUUAGCUUGUCUUUCAAUUUUUAAAAUCUCUCUGGAUUUCUGAGCAAACGGAAAGCCCAUACUUCCCCCACUAUAAGCUGUUUUUAUGGUAUUUGAAGUGGGCUCACCAACACCAUGGUCUGGAAGAUUCCAUAUAAAAACCAUCUUUUGGAAUAUUUAUGGGGUGGUGUAUUUAUGGGUGGCAAUGUAUGGUGUUUGAACCCAUGAGAAUUUGUUCGGAUUUCUGUCACUCCUUUGUAUUCUUAAUGUUUUCAAUUUGCGUUUGGCUUUAGGCUCGUGCUUCCAAGAACUCUCCUGAAAAAGAACCCAGUUGAUGGUGACAUGAUUGUCGAACAAGAUUCGCCAUCGAAGACCCCGACUUUCCUUUAAAAAAAAUCAGACACUUUGAAUACGGUUGAAAUUUUCAGCUAUCCCGAGCAAAUACUCGUGGGUUCAAACACCACACAGCCCCUUGAAAAGACCAUGAACAUGGUCCAUGCCCAUUUUCACAACCAUUAAAACACCAUAAAAUGGUCUCAAUAACCCAUAAAUAUACCAACGAAUAGUUUUUCUAUGGGAUCCACCACGAUGGUGUUUUCGUGGGCUGAACCCAUUUCAAACACCCAUGCCCAACCCCAUGAGUAUGGGGGUAUUAUGGACUUUACGUUUGCUCGGGAUGGCAGAUAUCACGAAAGUUCGCCAAGAUGGGAUCAGAAUUGUGGUAUCCUGUCUCAAGCAAACAAAUGACAUUCAUAGUCAAUGAAGAACUACUGCGUCUACAAUGUAGACUCUACAUGCCUGUCCACAAAGUUAAGAUCGACGGCGUGCUCACCGAUUAGAGGUUGUCUUGCGUGGAUCUACUGAAGCACGGGGUUGGAUAUUGCAAGCACCGUUUGCUCCAGUGAGCGAAGAUUUUGAAUGGCAAUCGCACCGAACGGGACAAAUUAUAUGUUCAUUCAAACUGUUAUCGGUAACUGCAGGAAAAGUACGAGUCUGACGAUCUUCUAUAACUGCUUCAAAAAACUAGAGUCAGACGAGAUACCUUGUAUAUUUUUCUCUGGAGAUGCCGACAAAUAUAACAGCUCUAGGUAGCGUUAAAGCAAACAGCUACUGGUGUCAGAAUUUUCAGAUCAAACAAGAAGUUUUCAGAGCUCCCAGGAAAAAUCUCCAAUAGCUCAACAUUACAACCAGCGAUUUAACUUAUUGCAGAACCGGUUGGGUUCUGGCGAAGACUACAUAUCAAGAAGACUGAUAUCUCUUGCCUUCCCCCAUACAAACGAGAAGCGACAGAGGUUACAGCACCUCUAUUGGAAGAAGGUAGCAAGCUUAAUGUAAAAAUGUAUAUGUGUGUGCAUCACUAUGGGAAGUACCACCUUUACCCGCAAGUGGCGUUGCUGUUACUGUCUCCAGAUUCUGGACAGAGUUGCCAGUCUCCUUGAUAUGCAGUCUUCGGUUCUGGUAACUAGUGACCGAAAUAGGCAGGUGGAUUUUUGUCUUUCCUUCGGUCGCUUUCGAAUGAUAUUCUGAAAAGUAACAGUGACCAGUGCAAACAUUGUCUAGUUCCGUUUAGUAUAAUGAGUUAUGCUCCAAAACUAUCACUACGGUUUUAUUCGAAAAUUUUGAAAAGGGGACUUCAUAUUAAAAGUUUAGACGUAGUUACGACAUAUUUUUUGCUACAAAGUAUGUUUAUGAGCAUUCUUUGAUAAUGAGGAACUCACAAUUAAUAUAUGCUACAUACAAACAAACCUACUUCAAUAAAAUUAUUCAUUUUGUUAUUAAAUUAUUUAAAUCUUUAUUAUAUAGAGAAUAACAAUGAUAGAGGGAAUUGAGAAUUUUACCACAAUAACAAUUAGGGCUUAGUAAGACAAUAUUACACAGAUCUUUCUAUUUUUAACUACAUUCAAAUAGCAAGAGACUAGAAGACAUGAACUAUUUUAAUAUUAAGAGCUAUUGUACUCAAGGAAGAGCAGGGAAAGUUUAGAAAAGCGUAGAAUAGGGUAAUAUAAGCAAGCUUAGAGUUUUUCGACGCCUUAGCUCUUCAUCUUCUUCAGCAGAUAAAAAUACCAAAAAAACUUUUCUAAACUUUGUUCUUUCACAUCCGUGCUCUUUUUUGAGUACUGCGGCUCUUAAUAUUAAAAUACUUCAUGUUUUCUAGUCCUUUGCUAAUUUAAUUUCGAUAAAGUAUAAAAAGAAAAAAGUUUGACUUAUUUAUUGUCGUUAAAAAAUGCCAUUACAAAGAUCAACAAAGAGCCCGCCUAUAACCAAUACAAUAUCAAUUGAUUUCGAAAGAUGCAGGAUUGGGUCAUCUGUCGUUAAAUAUUAUAGUGUGUGAGUAAUUUCGCACGGAGUGAUCAAAAACAUGCAAACUUGAAAUCGAAAUUCACAGAUUUUAAUCAAUUUUGGGGGAAUUAUGUAUCUAGGACCUAUAUAUAAAAUUCCCAAUUUUUAUGACAAUCGAACCACCCCUCGUUCCGUCAAAAUUGCCAAAAAUCUUGAACAUAGUAUGAAAUAAGAAUUUGUGCCCUCCUGUACAAAGACUGGUUUUUACCAACAAAUUUUUACCCUAGUGAGAAAUUUUGGUUUUUACCAAAUUUUCCUCCUUUGGGUGAAAUAUAGCAUAAUUGAUUUUCUUUUGUUUAUAUAUUCGGUACUAUCUACCCUAGAAUCAACCCGCAAGAAGCUUUUUUUUAAUUUUGUUCAGGGAAUCAAGAAAAAAAUUUAGCGGCUGUGCUGCCAAAUGUGGCAUUUUACUCGUUCAAAAUUAAAAGGUAAAUUUUUAUAUUAAAAAGCUCAAUAUAAAUUGAUCUGAUCCCUAGAUACAGUGCCAUCAAGAGUAUUCCAAUUUUCUCUUAAAAACUCCAUUUUCUCUUAAAAACUUUAUUUUACAGGCCAGUAUUGAGAGAAUCUUCAAAUUGUCAUAAAAACUGAUCCGAGACCUUUAAAGGCAAACUGAAAACGCAGUACUGACGUUAUUAACUAGUGUUUGUUCCUUGAACCAUUUUUUCGACACAUAUUUUGCGAAUUGAUCCUAGAAUAAAUAGUACCGGAGAUGUGAACAAUAGAAAAUCAAUAUCCUAUGUUGUAUUGAAGGAAAAAACGCUGCUUUUCUCUAAAUGGCAGUCGUCCAAACCGCUCAACGGAACAGUGAAUUUGUUUGCAAGGAAUUACGACAAAAAAGGAGUCCGGUUUCUCGUACUUUGGGUAAAAUAAUUACAUCAAACUGAACUGUCAAAAAAGAAAGGUUAAACCAUGGAGGUGGUAUCCCUAUGGCGAUGUACAGACAUUGACAGUACUCAACAUAUCCAAGCCGCUUCUAAACGCCUGUCCGCCUGACAGUGGGUUGGGUUUAACAGUUUCAUGCAAGGUUUUAUAGCAACAUGAGCAUCAAUGCCAUCUAUGUAUAGUUUCAGCGUACUCCCGGAUGACUGUAAUUGUGCGGCAACAUUGUUCCUAAACCGAAAGCAAUAACAAAUGAUAGCGAGGAGCCUCUUCAAAUUGAAAAUUUUCCCUGGAAUCAACAAUAGAUUUCAACCGAAUCAAACUGUUCGAUGUAUUAGCAUUUGCACUUUACCAUGUGUCAGUCAGUCCGUCAGUCAACCCAUCCGCCGGAUAGAUAAGGUUGAAAGUUGAAUGAUAGCGCGGGGGAACAUGUGUGUGGUUAGCAAAAAGUGUUGCGAUGAAGGUGGAUGGUUGGUCAAAUUGGUUCUGCUCUCGAAUUUGAUGGUUCAAGCUAAUUUGAUUGUGUGCGUUUUUACUAUGGUUUAACAGCAAAAGCAUUCCGCAGUGUGAAAAUAUGUUUACGGAAACACACAAAAAAAACCGGAACUACGUUCGUCACCUGAAUUUUUCAUCUAUUUUUAUUGCAUCAGAAAAUCUGACAGAAGCAAAAAAAGCGCGCACCCGAGUCACCACCACUGACAGUACCAUCUAUUCGACAUCCGCCGAUAAAAAAUGAUUUAUUACAAACUAUAUUUAAUUAAUUGCGCUUCCUGGGAUACGCUCGUGGCCUGCUGUUACUAUUUCUAUGCACAAAAAUGGAGUAAAAGGAAGUCACAAAACAUUUUUUCCACGCCAAACUGUAGGCUUGCUUCCAGCAGAGAAUUUUCCCAACCACGGCCAGGAUUUUAAUUUUUAAUGCUGAAGCCUGACACAUUUUAUUCAUGUACAUUCGUUUCGUGCUGCUUUCCCCUUUUGGCUAACGGUUCACCUGUUCGGGGCCCCCAACGGGAUUGGUUGGUGCAGAGAAAAAAAACAUAAUCUCAUUUCAUUUCACUUCCAUCAUUCAUGGUAUUAUUUUUUUUUUUUUACCUGUAACUCACCCACUAGCAGAUAUCUAGUCAUCGAUAUAAUAUUUCAUCAUUGAUUCAGAUUUUUUUCCACCUGUAUAAUCCUCAAAACAUAUCUCACACACACAUUUGGCUAGUGGCCACCGGUUGUUACAGAAUACAUCGAAUACAUUAAAUCAGUACAUUACCUACCAAUGAUCGGUUUGUAGGAUGAUGAAUAUUAUUAUGUUAUAAAUUUGAUUGAAAAUAUGAUGAAAUUAAAGUGAGCAGUCAAUGCUGCAUGCGGUUCAACGGUGGAGUUAGAAAUUGAACUUUAAAUUUAAAUACUACAACCUUUAAACGAAAUCGCUUGGACAAUAGCUGCUGAAAUCAAAAUGCAGUGGUUAAAUACUAAGAGUUACGUCAAGUGCUCAAAUGAGAAAUAUGAUUAGUUUAUUAACAUGUCGACAGAUUGACAGAUUAACAGAUUAACAGAUUGACAGAUUAACAGAUUGACAGAUUAACAGAUUGACAAACUGACAGAUUGACAGAUUGAGAUUGACAGAUUGACAGAUUGACAGAUUGACAGAUUGACAGAUUGAGAGAUUGACAGAUUGAGAUUGACAGAUUGAGAGAUUGACAGAUUGACAGAUUGACAGAUUGACAGAUUGACAGAUUGGCAGAUUGACAGAUUGACAGAUUGACAGAUUGACAGAUUGACAGAUUGAUAGAUUGAUAGAUUGACAGAUUGACAGAUUGACAAAUUGACAGAUUGACAGAUUGACAAAAUGACAAAUUGACAAAUUGACA